AUGUUGUUUACAUCAGUAGCUCUUGCUGCGCUGGCUGGCACUGCUGUUUCGCAGCAGUUGACCUCGGUGCUCCAGAACGCGACUGAGCUGUCGAACCUCACCACCUACCUGGGACUCUUCCCUGACUUCACACAGACUCUUUCAGGUCUGCAGAACAUCACUCUGCUGGCACCCAACAACCAGGCCUUCGCAGAGUUCCUCAAUUCGUCGGCCGGAGCUGCGCUGGCGCAGAACGACACCGCGUUGAUCCAAGCCGUCUUCAGUUACCAUGUCUUGAACGGUACAUACAAUGCCUUCGACAACGUCAGCUUCGCCCCAACGCUGCUGCAACCUACUCAAUACACGAAUGUCACUGGCGGCCAAGUGGUGGGCCUAUACGACGAUGACGACGAAGAAUAUAUCGUCUCGGGCCUGUUGUCCAGAGCCAACCUCACAGGCACAUCCCUGAACUUCACCGGCGGUGUUGUCCAUGUUAUCGAUAGCGUCCUUAUCAUCCCACAGAACAUAUCCGAGACUGCCGUUCAACUCAAUCUCACCGCUGCGGUCGGUGCUCUCACCAACGCCAGUUUGGCCGAGGCGGUCGAUCAAAUGACGGAUGUCACUUGCUUUGUGCCCAACAACGCCGCUUUCCGAGCGAUUGGGUCUGCCCUGUCGAAUCUGACCACGGAGCAAUUGACAUCCAUCCUCCAAUAUCAUGUCGUUGAGGGUGUGGUCGGGUACAGCACUGGACUUGAAAACGGAACUUCAUUGAUGACUGCCCAAGGAACCAAUGUAACCAUUACCGUCGACGACGAAGAUAUCUUUGUCAACAGUGCCAAGGUUGUCAUUGCAGAUAUUUUGGUUGCGAACGGUGUGGUUCACGUCAUUGACAACGUUCUCAAUCCGGAGAAUGCGACGACCACGUCAGAACCAGACGAUCACGAGUCAGGCUCGCCUGCGUUCAGCGGCGCCAGCUCUGCGACUGAUGUCCCGUACACCUCUGGAGUUUCAACUCCUACCAGUACCGUCGCGACCGAGUCAGCUCCAGGUGCUACAGCUGCCGCUUCCAGUAGCAGCACCGGUGUUGCGGCCGUGCCAAUGAAGACUGGAGCCGUUGGCGCUGCAGUAUUGUUUGGCGGUGCGGCAUUGGUGAUGAAUAUGUAG